UCUGAAAACAGGAAAUGUAGGUCAACCAGUCUUUUACAUCUCCGAGACGUUUCAAUGUUCUAAUUAAAUGAUUAAUUUGAUCUGGGUUCACGGAUCAACUUUGAUCAUUUUCAUCUGCAUAAUAGAAUUCUGUCCUCUUAUUUGAUAUUUUUACAAAGUGGAGUCAUAUAAACUAGAGCAGUGGUCCAAACUUUACGCCCUGUGGAAUUCCAUAUCCAACUAGCCCAGUUGAGCCAAACAUAUCCAGUCCGCUUGAGCAAAAGGUGAAUUUCCAAGUUUGAAGUAGGCAUAAUUAACAAGAAAAAAUAAAGGAGGAAAUCUGUCCUUACCUCAAAAAUCCAACCUGACUGCCUUAGACUAUUCUUAGUGGAUAGAAUAGUUUUCCCCCCGAUCCAAAAUUUGUGGGUUCAAUUCCAGUUUACUCCUGCCACAUACAGGAUAUUUAACCCCAAAUCGCUAAGUGGUCUGUGAAUAAGCCUAUGAAUGUGAGAGCAAAUGGAUGAUGCAGCUCUAAUGUAAAGUUCUAUAUAAAUUUGGCCCAUUUACCAUUGACCUUUUGGCAUACGCUUGUGUUUUUAUAUUCUCCUUUUCUACACAGUGCAUGCCUGCAGAGCGUCUCAUAAAAUGUGUGUACAUCUGUGUACUUUCCUCUGCUCUUCAGCAGUCUCUGUCUCCAGAGGAAUUUCUCCCACUUUGAGCAAAGCCCUUUCUGUAAAGAUACCUUAAUCAGAAGAAAAAAAGAAAUGAAAACCAUAACGUCCCAAAGAGGAGGAGGAGGCGGCAGCACUGAAACAGAAAGGAUCAGACCGUAUGCUGCAGGAUGUGUGGAGCGCAUCUUGUGAUUCUGUGUCCUGCUGCCUCUCGGCUCAAGAGAGGGAGAGAGGACUGAAAAGAAUAAGGGUCAGUCCGGGGAUUGUCCUGAAAAGGAGAGGAGCUAUUCCCGACCUUGUGUGUGAGGAAUGAGUAUCUGUUUUGUGUUUCUGUUUGUGCCGGGGUGAAACGGACGUAAUUAUUACCGAGCAGCACGAUGAGCAGAACCACGUUCUUUGAGGGUGGUGAAGGUGAUGUUUACAUCAUUUUCCAGGUGGAGGUCCUUGAUGCCACGACAAAGGAGCAGCUUUGUUUUUUAGAUAAGGUGGAUCCUCACUCUACAAUAGGAGAUAUUAAGAGUCUGUUUUACAAAUCAUAUCCUCAGUGGUACCCAGCAAGACAGGCACUAAGACUUGAUACCAGGGGAAAGUCACUCAGAGAUGAUGAGGUCUUACAAAACCUACCAGUGGGAACCACUGCCACCAUGUACUUCAAAGAUCUCGGGCCACAGUUAGGUUGGACAACAGUCUUUUUUGCUGAGUAUAUCGGAGUCCUGCUCACAUACCUCGUCUUCUUUUUUCGAGUGCCAUAUAUCUACUCUCACACAUACGCCCUUACCUCCAGUCCCCAUCCUGUUGUUAAACUGGCCUGUGUCUGCCAUACAUUCCACUAUGUGAAGAGGCUAAUGGAGACCAUCUUCGUGCAUCGUUUCUCCCAUGGGACAAUGCCACUCAGGACGAUAGUCAAAAACUGUGCCUAUUACUGGGGUUUCUCUGCCUGGUUAGCCUACUACAUUAACCACCCUCUUUAUACACCUCCAUCAUAUGGAGAACUUCAAGUCAAGUACGCACUAUUCACAUUUGCGAUGUGUGAAGUGGGCAAUCUCUCCAUCCAUAUGAGUCUGAGUAACCUAAGAACAGAGGGGUUCAGAGUGAGAAGGUUUCCUACGCCAACCAAGAACCCCUUCACAUGGUUGUUUUUCUUUGUGUCCUGUCCAAAUUAUACUUAUGAGGUUGGAGCUUGGUUGAGCUUCACAGUCAUGACCCAGUGUCUUCCAGUGGCAAUAUACACUUUGUUCGGGUUCAUUCAGAUGACGAUCUGGGCCAAAGUGAAGCACAGAGCCUACAUACGAGAGUUCAAAGACUACCCAACUGUCCGGAUGGCCAUUAUUCCCCUGAUUCUUUGACGAUUGCUUAGGCUUGUGCCAUUGUUUUCUUGAAUCCAGCACUAUGCAAUUUUAAUACCGAUGGGCUUAAAAGACGCAAUGAUUUAGAAAUGAAUUACAGUUGAGCCUUCAAAACCUCCUGAGAACAUUUGCUUUUCUUUUCAGUUUCAGCACACGUGGACAAAAGUUUUUAGCAGUGACAUGAGUGUAACGUUUUACCAUGCAGCUUUAGUUUUUGUGCUAAAAAAAUCAAGCUGUUUAGAUCAUAAUACAGAAUGAACGUUUGUAAAAAAAAACAAAAAAAAAAAAAACAACACAACAACAAAAAACACAGUUUAUUACUGCAUUUUCUGCUUGACAAAGAAUUAAUUUUAGUAUAUUCAUAUUAAGCACAGGCGGACACUAAGUCCAUCUGAAGUCCUGAAGGGUCAGCGCCCUGCAUGUUUCAUUUGUGCUCCCACGCAAACUCAGAUUCAGCAGCUGAAUUAGCUCCUUUUGAUGCCAUCAAUUUAGGUGGGAACAUACCAGUGAAACUUUUAUACCAUUUGUGGUGUUUUGAACCAGAGAAACAUCAGCUUGCAGGACUGACUUUCCAACACCAUUAUGUUAACGGAGUCUAAGUAAAUGUAUCACUUUCUCUGUGUUUUAUUUACACUUGUUGCAGCAUUUUAUUUAUCUGGCUAGCUUUUUCAGAAAAGCUUGAGGGAGUAUUAUUUUUGCAUCUCUAUCAUAAAACCAGCAAAUUGUUCUCAUUUCAUAAUAAUUCAUCAACUCUCUUUAAAAAAAAUAAUAAUAAUAAUAAGAUUUUAGGAAUUUUAGCCAGAAUUUUAGUUAGAAAUAAUGAAUGUUCUUUGUAAGUAAGUGCCUAAACAAACUGAUGUUAAGAGUAAGAGUUUAGAAUCGCUUUUGUGCUCUCAGGGGGAAUGCUGCUGGAGCAUUUAGCCAUUAAAUUGUCAAGCUUUUUACUGAAAACAUUGAAAAUGUGCAGCAACCAUUCGACAUCAACAUGUAGAUGCUUUCACUAUGUAGUUACAAUAAAAAAAACAUUAUUCUGUCAAAACUCAGGUUUUAUUUUAAAAAAAAUGUGACUGUAACUACAAAUAAAGGUGCACAUCUUAAAGAAACAUGCACUUUAUUUGAUUUGAUGCUUCUCAGAAACAUUCACAUUCAUUCCUCACCCUCUAACGACACCAAGUGUAAUAAAUGUGAGCAAAAAAAAAAAAUCAGAGCUGGAUAUGUAUAAGAAAAGCAUUUAGAAGAUUUAAA